GCUGUAGAUGCAGGACUGAUGCCAUCUGGUGCAGUUCCACAGAAUAAGAGAGAAAAUUCACCCAGAGUGUGCCAUGCACUGGCUUUUCUGGGAAUGACAAGUUGCCAGGAUUUGUUUUUGGUUCACUUGCAGGGGUGGAAACUUGGAACUAGAUGGUUGCUGCAGCUCCCCCAAGAAGAUGAAGGAAGCUGAAAGAGAAAACGGGGCACACCAUUUUGAGUCGGCUUCCUUUUGAAGAGCUUUCUCAGCAGCCCAGCAACUUUCACUUCCAUCUCAUUGGCCAGACUGUGUCAUAUCUGCAAGGUUGCAUGAUAAAUGUAGUUUUGUAGUUGGACAUAUUAACAGCUUUCAACAAAAAAAUCUAAGGAAAUCUAAGGGAAACAAUGAUGGUGGAUCUUUGGGAAACAAAGUAGCAGUCUGUGCUCUGGCUACAAAAUACAGUUGUAAAAGAGCAUAAUGUUCAAACAGAUCAAAACCACAACUCCUUCACAACUAACAAUACUCCAAGCAACACUGUCCUGCUCAGACAGUAAGCAGAGUGAAGACAUGCUAGGUUUUUUCCUGAAACACCUGCCAGGACUGGCUUUUCCGAUCAGCCAAUGGCUUGGCCCACAUCAGGAUUUUCUAGAGGACCCUGGGAACCUGUCCGCUUCCUUUGUGGACAUAAUCUAUGAAGGUUUGGAAUGGGAUAAAGAACGUUCUACCUUGCUGCUUUCCCAUCUGCAUCAUGUAUCUCUAAUUUUCCUUGCAGAUUUUUGGUGGAGUCUAGUUUUUGCUUGAUCACCAGAAAAGGAUCAUCCCUUUCAAAUAUAGGAGAAGGUAAUCUAUGUAAAGAAAGGCUACUUUAUUCCCUUCCGUGACUCCACCACCAAUCUAGGAAUAUCCUGGGAGAAGACUUGCUUCUCAAAACUGCUUCCGUAAUCAGCCUACAUCCUGCCUAAGCAAAGGGAGAAGAAACACUUCCCACAUCCAAGGCUGUCCAAAAGAACUUUCUGUGAUGACAGAAAUGUUCUAUAUUUGCACUGUCCAUUAUGGUAGCCAUUAGCCAUGUGUAACUAGUGAACACUCGAAAUGUGGCUAGUGUGACUGAGGAAGUAAAUUUUAAUUUUAUUUAAUUUUAAAUAAUUGGAAUGUAAAUAGCCAUAUGUGGCUAGUGGCUGUUGUAUUGUACAGCUCCAGCAUUCAACUUUCUUUUUCUUGUGUUUUACAACCACCUGGGAGGGGUUUGGGUCAGUCAUGUGUUUGGUGUCCCAUGGUCAUCACUAUUCCACCUCGCCAUUGAGCUUGUCUCCCAUAGAAAAGGAAAAACAGUAUCUUGGAACUGAAUUCAAGAUGUUAACUUGACAUUACACAUUGUACAUAUUUCUGUAUAAAUGCCAUGAUCUCCUAGGAAUAGGUCCUGUGAUUGAUUUUUGUGAUAAUUCAUGAUGGAAAAAUGGUGGUGCUGGUCCAUUUAACAUUCCUAGUGAACAUUAUGUGUUCCUAGUCAGAGUGAGUCAGCAGGAAUUAUUUUUUUCUGUUGUGCUUCAUUCUGUUUUACUUUAUUUUUGUAAUAUUGUGGCUGCUAAAUGAUUAUUUCAUGUGUGUUUUUCAAACUACUUAGUGGUUUAUAUUUUUAAAAAGGCUGUGGAAUAAAAAAAUAAUUAUAUGUAACUCA